UUGGCAAGGGCCAUGAAAAGAGGCACUUAAAAUGUAGGCUUUGUAUUUUAAGUCCCAUGCAACAUUACAAUCAAAGUGAUUGUCAAAGCUGAUCACAUGUAGCCUUAAUCUCCUUAAGUGAUUAGUAGGUAUUAGGAAUAUGCACCUCAGGAGCCAGGGAGAGUGUGAGCAGUUGAACAGAUGCCUUUUGUUCUGUCCGUGUGCUGGGAGAAUCUAUAAAUCGCGCCGAGAUGCUGUUUAUCUGAUGGAAACCACGAAGCGUUGAGUUGCCCUUUGUGGCGAUCUUUCUAUCAUGGAAUGCGCCAACCAGGAACUUGAGUACCCACAGAAGCUGCUGAAUUACAUGAACGGGUUUCUGAUAUCCAAGACAAUGUUUGCUGCCUGUGAAUUGGGAGUGUUUGAUGUCCUUCAGGAGGGUGCUGUUCCACUCUCCUCCAGUGCUGUUGCGGAGCGCCUUGGCACCAGUGCUGAUGGCAUGGAAAGACUACUCUCUGCAUGCGUCGGACUGCAGCUGCUCGAGGUCAGGGAGCAUCACGGUGAAGCCGUGUACAAUAAUACAGAUUUAUCCAGACUCUACCUGACCAAGACAAGUCCCAAGACAUUGCAUCAUUCAAUCACAUACUACUCACAAACCAUCUACCAUUGUUUUUCCUACGUGACUGAUGCCAUCAGGGAAGGGAAAAGCCAACAUUUGCGGGCAUUUGGUGUUUCAUCUGAUGAAAUCUUUGAAGCUAUCUACAGGUCUGAGGAGGAAAUGCUGAGGUUUAUGCAGCUGAUGAACUCGACGUGGAACAUCUGUGGAAAGGACGUGGUCACAGCCUUUGAUCUGUCGACUUUUACAAACAUCUUCGAUCUUGGAGGAUGCAGUGGUGCAGUAGCGAAGGAAUGUAUCUCUGCAUAUCCACAUUCACGAGUAACUAUCUACGAUCUCCCCAAAGUUCUGGAGAUGGCAAGAAAACACUUUGUGCCCCAAGAUGAAAAGCGGAUUCUAUUUCAUGAAGGAGACUUCUUCAAAGAUCCCAUCCCUGAAGCGGACCUCUACAUUCUGGCUAGAAUAGUUCAUGACUGGUCUCAGGAUAAAUGCGUGGAACUGCUCACCAAAGUCCACAAAGCUUGUAAACCAGGUGGUGGAGUGCUCCUGAUUGAAGCCUUAUUGAAUGAAGAUCGCAGAGGCCCCCUCACCGCUCAGCUGUACUCUCUCAAUAUGCUAGUACAGACAGAGGGCAAGGAACGAAUGGCCUCAGAGUAUGCCAACCUACUGGAGCUGGCCGGAUUCACGGAUGUGCAAGUCCAGAGGACGGGGAAAAUUUACGAUGCCAUUUUGGGCAGAAAAUGA